AUGCGACUACUUCUGGCUUGUGUUGCUUUUGCAGCACAAAUGCAAAUGCUCUCUUCUUAUCUUCCACCUCGUUCCCGUCGACCUUGUCGACGGGUCGUCAGUCCACUUAUGUUCCUUGAACACCGCCCUAAACGGCUUUAUCUCCUCCCCGUCGACCCUUCGUCCCUUCCAGCCACGACGCUUCUGUCCGCCCAGUUCAACUUGUCCGAAGAGUUCCAACCCGGCGGCUUCUGGACCGAUUUGCCCAACACCAAGACCAACCAAUCGGAGCAGGACGUCUGGCAGACGAACACGACAAUGGGCGACAACGGGACUGGAGUUGCGUCGCCAUGGAUGCUACAGAACGCGGAAGGCACCAAGACGCCGGACACCCUCGACAAUGUCACCUUCUUCGGCUCCCCUUUCACGCCGUUCAACUCGACUCCGUUGGUGGAAGAUGGCGUGGCCGAGACGAGCGCCGGGCAGACCAUCGUCUACUCUCCUCAGACAGUCGAGCUGGCCCAAACGGUUCUGUACGAGAACUCCACCUUCAUCAGAGCCAUCAUUCAGCCCAAGAGCCUUCUGCUAGACGCCAUGAGGACCAAUGAAAGUCUGCAGUUGACUCCGGAAGGCGGCGACUCAACGCAGGGACCCAUGGAGGAAUAG